AUGAACAGACUGCAGAAGGAUAUCGUCGCAAGCAUAGCCAGAGUACUACACGUCGACCCCCAGAAAGCAGAGCAAGAAGCUAUUGCAGUCGGCAAAAGACAGGUGGUAUCGGCGCUUGCAGUCUUCAAAGAUGGGGUGUUCCAGGACCUGCCGGCCGUCAAAGCGUUUAGGCUCAAAGUGACUGAGCUGAAGAAUCUUGCGACAAGGUUAGAGAACCAGACUCGGUAUAUGCAGGAAUGGCCCGCUUUGCACGGCUCAAACAAUGACCUUGAGAGGCUUGAGAAGGUCAAUACUGUGCUAGAGGAGUCUCGCGGUCUAGUUGACGACAUGGCUCAUGCUGCUGUUGUCAACGACGGAGAGAGGGGAUGGGGCCAUGAUGCCAGCUCCUCGACAGUGACAGCCGCUCACAAUGGCUUAGAUCUUCCCAUCCGUACGGCUCCGCCCAGGGACAAUGCAACGUCAGAUUCUACCGGUGGCUCGAACGGCAUAUAUAACCAGAUUUGUGCUGCUGGGAUCCUUACAAUCAUGUCUGCAGGAAGUCAAACGUCGCAGACUGCGAAUACUACGGACUUGACCAGCACAUGA